UGCCUACUCGCUCGGUUGCUGCACAGAGUCUAGUUCAGUCUGUUCGCUGAAUUCGUUGCGUUACGUUUACGUUGCCUUUCCGUUCUGUUGUGCUCCGUGUCCGUUUUUGCCAUUUCGGUUUGCUGUGUUGUUGUAUAGUUGAGUUGCCUAGUACCAGGCCAGCACAACAACAACAAUACGGAUCAAUACCAAAUAUGGAGGCAAAAUUCUUGACUAGAGCUCUUUCAUUCCUUUCGAUAUUUUUAGCGAUUUAUGCUCAAUCAUUUGGGCCAGAUUCGUUGGUGCCAAAUUAUGACAAUGUGGAGCAUAAAAUGGUUUUUUAUAAAAUUCGAAUGCCACUUGUGCUCAGCUGCAAUGUGAAAAAUACGGAAUCCAAUGAUCCACUGAUAUGGAAAAAGCAAGGCGUCAAUGUGACGGAUGAGCCAUCUCUGAGAGGUCGCUUCUCAUUGAUUCAUGCUGAGAGAAAGUUCGUGAUUGACAAAGCGGAAGCUACCGACGAUGGCGUCUACAGUUGUGAGUUCAACGGCGUGUCCAAGAAUAUUACGGCGAUUGCUAGAGUGUUCGUACGAGUGCCUUCAAAUAAUGGUGUUGUAGAGGGUGAGAAGAUGAUAAUCCAAUGCACGGUGAUCGGUAGUAAUCCCCGAUUGUCAUGGACUUAUGGUAAUAUAGAUUUAGGAAAUAGCACACGUUACAUACUUAAACCGGAUGAGAAGGGCAUAGAAAAUGCCGUUCUAAUGUUGGAGAAUGUUACAAAGGAAGAUAAGGGCGACUAUAAAUGCACCGCACGCAACGAGGCCAAUGAUUAUCUGAAUGAAGAAGAGGUCAGCGAUUUUACAACCGUUCGUGUUAAGGGCAAAUUUGCUGCGUUGUGGCCUUUUUUGGGCAUCUGUGCUGAGGUGCUGAUUCUUUGUGUGAUCAUUCUCAUCUAUGAGAAGCGACGCAACAAGAGCGAACUGGAGGAGAGUGAUACUGAUCCCCAAGAACAGUAAGUUUGCCAACCACAACAACAACAACAGUAAGACCAACCACAACAACAGCCAGAACACAAGUAAUCAUCAACAACCUGCAACCCUACAACAACAAAAGCAGUCCACAA